AUGAUGGGCAAUUGUGUUGUCAUCUCCUCUUCCUCGUUAAUGGGCUCCAAACAUUUAAGAAGGUUUUCAACAUGUUAUUUAAAUUAUGCUUUUGAAGAGCGAUUGCAGCACUGGUCCGAGUUGGUGAAAAAUCAACAAGUACAAACAUUUAAACCCGAUUCUAUUGGCAGAAAUGAAAAUGUAAAUCUUGAAUUUGGUGAUAAAGUUAAAACGAUCACUGUUACCAUUGACGAAGAUUUCCUCAAAAAGACUCCACUUCAGCUUGCGUCCGAGUUAUUCUUUAAGAACGAAGUUAAUGAAUUUGUUGUUUGUAAAGUGAAUGGCCAAAUUACGGAUCUAAACACCACGUUUCAUGAAAUUAAUGAAACCAUCAAGGAACCCAACAAAACUAUUCGAUAUUUCACAUUUGAAGAUACAGAAGGAAAGGAAGUGUUUUGGCAUUCAUCUGCACAUAUACUUGGUUGUGCUUUAGAGAAAAAAUUUGGAAACUCUUUGAAGCUCUGUGAUGGUCCUGCAUUAAUUUCCAAAGAUACCAAUGGUGCUCAACAAUUGUUAAAUGGAGGAUUUUUCUAUGAAGGAUACAUUGAAAAUAAUCAGAGAAUUGCAAACGAGCAACUUGAGGAGCUUGAAAAGUACAUGCACGACGUUGUGAAAGAAAAGCAUCCAUUUCAGAGAUUGCGCAUCAACAAAGCAAUUGCAAGAGAGAUUUUCAAAUACAAUCCUUUUAAAUUGGAUAUUAUUGACAAAAUUCCAGAUAAUGACCCUGUUACUCUCUACAAAUGCGGAGACUUGGUAGACUUGUGUAGAGGUCCACAUUUGCCAAAUACCUCGUUCAUUAAAGCCUUCAAACUCACCAAGCUAAGCGGAGCUUACUGGAAGGGAGAUGAGACGCAACCAUUAUUACAGCGUGUGUAUGGAAUUUCGUUCCCCAAGUCUAAACAAUUAGAAGAAUGGCAGAAUAACAUUGAAGAAGCUCUGAAAAGAGAUCACAGAUUAAUUGCUAAGAAACAAGAUUUAUUCUUUUUCCAUGAGACAAGCCCAGGUACACCAUUCUUUUUACCGCAUGGAACAAGAAUGUUUAACAAGCUCGUUGAAUUCAUUAGAAAGCAAUACAAAAAAAGAGGAUAUGACGAGGUCAUCACUCCUCAAAUGUUCCAAAAAGAGCUAUGGAUCACAUCUGGACAUUGGGAACAUUACAAAGAAGAUAUGUUUACAGUAAUUGAAGGCACAUCAAGUCAACACAAAGAGGAGACAAUUGGAAUCAAACCAAUGAACUGUCCUGCUCACUGCUUAAUGUUUGACAGUAAGACAAGAUCGUACAAGGAGUUGCCUUUAAGACUUGCUGAUUUUAGUCCUCUUCACAGAAAUGAACCGCGAGGAUCUUUGACUGGCUUAACUCGGGUCAGAAGAUUCCAUCAAGAUGAUUCACAUAUAUUUUGUGCUCCUGAACAUGUGAAAGGUGAAAUUGAAAAUUGUUUGGAGUUUGUGAAAUUUGUUUAUAGCGACAUAUUUGGUUUUAAUUUGAAGUUUAAUUUGUCCACAAGACCACAGAAAUUUGUUGGUGAUAUUGAAAAAUGGAAUAAGGCAGAAGAAGCUCUUAAAGAAUGUCUCAAGGGUUACAACUGGAGGCUCAACGAGGGUGAUGGUGCAUUCUAUGGACCUAAAAUAGACAUUCAAAUCGAAGAUAGCUUACAACGAUUACAUCAAUGUGCUACCAUUCAAUUGGAUUUUCAACUUCCUAUUCGAUUCAAUUUGAAAUACCAAGGUGACAAUGAUCAAUUACAUACUCCUGUGAUCAUUCACAGAGCCAUACUUGGAAGCAUUGAGAGAUUUAUUGCACUAUUGACCGAACAUUUGGGAGGAAAAUGGCCAUUUUGGCUCAAUCCAAGACAAUGUUUUAUCUGUCCUGUUGCUUCUGACAAGGAAGAACUUGUUCAAUAUUGCAAUCAAGUCAAAGAGGAAAUUUUCUCGAGAGCUGAGCAACGUGGCGUGUAUUCCAAUUACUAUGUCGAUUUGGAUGUUUCAGACAAAACCAUGAAAAAGAAAAUUAGAGAAGCUCAAUUACUUCAAUAUAAUUUUAUCUUGGUUCUUGGGGAGAAGGAAAUGAACGAAAAGACUGUCAGUGUUCGAAAACGUGAUGGAACAUUGCUAAAUUCCAUGACCCUUGAUCAAUUAUUGGACAUGUGGGAACAUUUGAUGAAGACUUAUCAAUAG